GCGACUAUCAAUUGUUGAUGGUCACGCGCAAGCUCCGUUAUCGUUGGACGCUCGUACGAGGACACUGUCGUAUUAUGAGCUGUAAACCAAAGUCAAUAGACUCAAUACUUCUUUGUUAGGCGUCUUUCUCAAAUCCAAAGUCACCCAAUUGUUUUACUUCAAUUCAAAUCUCUCUCUGUCGGAAAACCGGUCUAUACCUGUUGAAAACCGGUUUUCCGGCCAGAUUAGUGCAAUAACUCGUUGCCCUCUGUUUCAGGUAAAGCGGUUUUCUUUAUUCUGAAAACAACGGUGUCCAUUAAUAUAUUAUUAAAUGCUUCCCUUCUCUUUUAACCCUUUUCGUUGAACGAGCGAUUAUUUUACUAUUACUGCACGUCUUUCUGUCAUAUAAUCCAAUCCCAGUUUUAGGGUUUAUUCUCUCGAAUCUAGGGUGGUUGUCCGUUAAAAACUUCGCUUCUUUUUUCGUUGAGGAGGGCUUGGCGAAGCAUCGCGGAAGUUGAUCCAAGCACGUUUUUGACAGUAGCUGGUAGUUCCUGGUGUUUAGCUGCUAUUAACUGGAAUUCAAGUGGAUUUGAAAUUCAACAAGUUACUAGGUGAAGUGGGUUUGGAUGAGAUUGAGUUGGUGUGCUUUUGAGCGAUCUAUGGUUUUGGCUAUUUCGACCUGAUAUUGCAUAUAUUGAAAUAAUGGUUAUUUUGUGAUGUACAUAAAAACGAGAAUGGGAUCGAAAGUCAAACAGGUCCUGCUAUUUUUGCUAUUUCUUGUACUAUUGAAUGGAUAUGUUAUAGCAGAAUUGGAGAAGGAAAGCUCAGAAAGAUUAAGAGCUCCAACAUUGAGGAAUACAGGAAAUAGUGUUAUAGAUGGCACGGGUUCGGAGAAGUCCUUUAGUUCUGAUAGUACUACGGAUGGACAGGGUGAAAGGAAAGGAAUGAAUAGCAGAGUUUCAGUAUCCACAGUUGCAUUGUGCACACUGGCAAUGGCUGCUGCUACUGGUUUAGGUGCGGUCCCAUUCUUCUUUCUGGAGCUUGAUCCCCAGUGGGCCGGAAUAUGCAACGGUAUGGCUGCUGGUGUGAUGUUGGCUGCAAGCUUUGACCUCAUACAGGAAGGACAAGACCAUGGUAGUGGCAACUGGGUUGUGAUUGGAAUUUUGACAGGUGGCAUUUUCAUUUGGCUUUGUAAGAAGGUUCUGGAGCAAUUUGGCGAAGUAAGUAUGUUGGACAUUAAAGGAGCAGAUGCAACAAAAGUUAUUCUUGUUGUUGGCAUCAUGACUCUUCAUUCCUUUGGAGAGGGCUCUGGUGUUGGAGUAUCUUUUGCUGGUUCAAAAGGUUUAUCUCAGGGCCUUUUGGUAACUUUGGCUAUUGCUGUGCACAACAUUCCAGAGGGCUUAGCUGUGAGUAUGGUUCUUGCAUCAAGGGGGGUUUCUCCACAGAAUGCAAUGUUAUGGAGUGUAAUUACGUCAUUGCCCCAGCCUAUUGUAGCAGUUCCUUCAUUCAUAUGUGCAGAUGCAUUUAACAAGUUCCUGCCAUUUUGUACGGGCUUUGCAGCUGGGUGUAUGAUCUGGAUGGUCAUUGCAGAGGUCCUCCCAGACGGAUUCAAGGAAGCCUCUCCAUCUCAUGUUGCAUCUGCAGCUACACUUUCUGUUGCAUUUAUGGAAGCUCUGAGUGUUGUGUUCCAAAAUUUCAGCCAUAACUACAAUUCAGAGGACGCUUCUGGCUUAUUUGUUUCAUUACUGUUUGGCCUUGGACCAUUAUUUGGUGGCAUUGUUCUCGUUGCAUUUGCUCUUGCUUUCCAUCUUCAGCAUGCUCUUCUUGCUGGUGUAGCUUCUGGCAUUGCUUUUGUCCUUGGUGCCUGGCGACCACUACAGCUACUUGUGUCCUCAAAGAUUGGAUUUUUCCCCCUCAUGUUGCUGCUUGCCAUGGGAUCUGCAUUCGUUCAUAUUUCAACUUCCAAUGCUUUGAGGCUUGCAGGUCGCAGGAAGAAUUCCGCAAGUACCAUAUCUGCAGUAACAGGCUUCUCCAUGAGUACCCCCACUCUGCAGUCAUUCUUGUCAUGUAUGGCGGUUGCUCUUCAUGCUCUGGCUGAGGGGCUUGCAUUAGGGGUGGCCGCACCUAAAGCUUAUGGUUUUGGUCAACACAUGGUCGUUCCAGUCGCUCUGCAUGGAAUCCCAAGGGGAGCUGCCGUGGCUAGCUGCAUCUUUGGUGCAACUAACAGCUGGCAUGGGUCCCUUGCAGCCUCUGUGCUGAUUGGAUUUGUGGGCCCAUCAUCUGCAAUUGCAGCUAUACUCGGUGGAAUUGAUUAUAGUGGUCUUGACCACCUGAUGGUGUUUGCAUGUGGCGGGCUAUUGCCAUGUUUUUGGGCCAUAGUUAGGAGAGCUGUAAGUUUGGAUACGCGGAAGAGCAGCUUUGGGCUCAUGAUGGGCAUGGGGUUUGCUAGUGUUUGCCUAAUGAGCACUAAGUUGGUUUGCUUGCACACACCAUAUUGCAACUCUGCACCAGAGGCUGUCAGAUGAUAAUGUCAGAUACCAUGCAUGGUGCAGUUAGAUAUGUGAAUACAGUUGGGAGAGCCAUGCCAAAAGCACCCAAGAUCAUAUACGAAUUGAUGGAAAGAGGACUCCUAAGAAAGCGCUUAAUUUUUUUUUUUUUUGUGAAAUCGGGAUGAAGGAAAGAAUUAUGCUGGAAAUUUAUUGUACUCUUGCCAUAGAGGUUUAUUUUUGUUUGCAUAUAACAUUUGUUUUCCCCCAACGGCAGUACAUUUGUGUUUCUUUACCAUCCCUCUACAGGGUGCAAAGAGCUUUAAUUCAGACAGCACGUGCUGAAAGAUUAUUAUCAAGUUGAA